AUGGCGGCCGGUGGAGUGCCUGACCUUGGAGGCUACGAGUAUGAAUUUGUUGAAGAAAUUCCAGAUGAUUGGGAAUGUCUUGUGUGUCAGUUACCUCUAAAAGAUCCUGUUCAAAUCGAAAAGUGUGGCCACAGGCUUUGUGAAAUCUGCGUGGGGUCAAUUUUGAGAUCCGGUACACCCCUGUGUCCUGCAGAUCGAGAGCCGAUAUCAAGAGAGAGGAUUUUCUCUGAUGUUGCUUGCCAUCGUAAAAUACUGAAUGCCCAGGUCAAAUGUCCUAAUGAAGAGUGUUCCUGGAUCGGAGAACUUAGGCAUGUUAAGAAACAUGGGCAAGAGUGUCCCUACCAGCCAGUUCCUUGUGUUAACGAGGGAUGCAAUGAAGAGGUUCUCCGCAAAGAUAUCAUUUCUCACAUGGAGACCACGUGCCCAUGGUCCGUGAUACAAUGCUCAUUCUGUCCUGAUCGUUUCCCAAAACUAGAGAAAAAGGCUCACUCUGAGGCCUGUCCGCGCUAUCCCGUUGAAUGCAGUAACAAGUGUGGCGUGAACGACAUACCACGAGAAGAGGUCGGUAACCACACUGAAAAUCUUUGCCCUUUGACUGUGAUAGAGUGUGAGUACAGUGCCAUUGGAUGCCGAGUCAAGUUUCAGAGACGAGAUUCCAAAGAUCAUUUUGAUGCAUUAAAAGACACCCAUCUACACUUGGCCUGCAAGAAACUGAUUGACAUGUCCAAAACAGUCCAAAAACAAGCUCAAACUAUUGCACGUCUUGAAGAGAAGUUAGAACGCCUUCACAAUUCCCCCUUUAUAUGGAAAAUAUCGAACUUUGCCUCUGUUAUGAAGGCUGCUGAAACAAAGGAACGUCUUGUAAUAAUUAGUGAUCCGUUCUACUCUAAUCACAAUGGAUACAAAUUUGAGGCGGAGCUGUAUCCAAAUGGCUACCAUAUCGAUGACGAUCCUGGCGGUAAGGGAAAAUUCAUGUCAAUUUACCUCAGAAUUCUUGUAGGAGAAUAUGACGGUCUUUUGAUAUGGCCGUUUUACGAUUCAGUUGUGUUCACGUUACUUGACCAAAACGCGUCCGUGGAAAAGAGAAGACAUUUGCGUCAAGAAGUUCAGCAGACUCCCAAUGGACUCGCAAGACCAACAGAAGCCUCCGAAGAAGCAUGUGGUUCCUGGGAAUUCGUGUAUCACAACGAUCUAUACAAGCGUUCAUACAUCAAAGACGAUACAAUAUUUAUCAAAGUCGCGUUUGUGGAACACAAAGAUAGAAAGUUCUCGAGAAUUUUCCAUGGAGAUUACGAUCUAUAGUCCUGGAUUACUUGCCAAAGCAAGUAUCCAUUUUGAGGAAGCGAUGUCUAUACCUGAAUUUUUUUCGGUACGAUUUAAUGAAAAGUGGUUCAAAAUGCACAUUUACAGUGGUAUAUUCAUCAUGAAUUAUGGUAAUGAAAUAGUUUAAGAAUUAAAACUUAAUAGUAAUCACGAUUGUCUUUUUCCUAUAAGUCUUUUACUCUACGAGUGAAUUCCAUUCAUAUUAUCAGUUAUGUUAAAAUACAGAGAUUCUAUGUUGUUGUGCUUCUGUCCAGUAAUAUAUAGCAGAUGGUGCAAACAUGUAGGAACCUUUAAUAUUGGGCUACAUGCCAGAUGAUUUCUAAUCUAUUUACCAGGCGUCUUUUAACAUACUAUAAAAUUUACAGUGAAUCUUUAC